AACACGUCAUCGCACUGCGCCAUCAAACAUUGCGCACUAGAUGCGCAGCGACUUUAGCUUGAGCUAGCUGCAACUGGUUACUACUGGUAAAGGUUUUUUUGUUGUUGUUGUAAAUAUUGAGUUUUUUCUUUAAAAAGUUCCAGCCAUGGCGAUGCAAGCAGCUAAACGAGCUAAUAUUCGUUUACCUCCAGAGGUGAACAGGAUAUUGUAUAUUCGUAACCUUCCAUACAAGAUCACCGCAGAGGAGAUGUAUGACAUCUUUGGAAAGUAUGGGCCAAUUCGUCAAAUCAGAGUUGGGAACACACCAGAGACAAGAGGAACAGCCUAUGUCGUAUACGAAGACAUCUUUGAUGCCAAAAAUGCCUGUGAUCACCUUUCUGGAUUCAACGUCUGCAACAGAUACUUAGUUGUAUUGUACUAUAAUGCGAACAGGGCUUUCCAAAAAAUGGACACAAAGAAAAAGGAGGAGCAGCUGAAACUUCUCAAAGAGAAGUACGGGAUAAACACAGACCCACCGAAAUAGUCAACAUUUUUUUUUUCUGUUGUUCUAUUCUUUCUUGCACCCAUAUCCUUCUCACUUUACCCCUUUAAGUAAUGAUUUUUACCC